AUGCCUCGACCACGUCUUAAUGCCUUCGACUCAAGCGAACCACUUCUCCGAACUACCAAUGCUGCCAACGCUGCACGUAGACAUAUUACGGGAUUUUGGGAGGGAUUUGUCGAUUUUGCUUUCAAUGACAAUGUGCUUCAUGUUGCUAUUGGUUUGAUAAUAGCGCAAUCCUUCACAGCUCUUAUAACCUCACUUGUCUCUUCUGUUCUCCUCCCACCGCUUUCUCUCCUGCCUUUCCUAAACAAGAACCUUGAAGAGAAAUUUGCGGUUCUGAGGCCUGGUCCACAUUAUGAUGGUAUGCUUCAUAACCGCACUGAGAUUAGUGAUGGAAUUGGAGAGGGAGUAGAAGGAAACGCAACUAUGGUCGUAAAUAUGGGGAUGGAAUUUUUGUAUGGAGCAGGCUAUAACACCUUGAAGCAGGCGAUAGAUGACGGGGCUAUUGUUUUAGCUUGGGGUUCCUUCCUAAACAAAGUGAUAAACUUCAUAGGCGUUGGUCUCGCUCUUUACGGCAUUGCAGGUCUCUACCAAUAUUUCAGUCAAGAUAACGCUAUUAUCAAACACACCGUCCGUUGUAGAUAUUGUCGCAAGAAGAUUUUCGAGAAGGCACAACGCUGCGUAUUCUGCACCUCCUGGCAAGAUGGCCGCGAAGAUAUUCGUCCCGCUGCAGCUACUAUCUGA